AUGAACGUCCUUGUUGAAGAUCUUAAUAAACUUCAAACUGAUGGUAUCACAAUAUCCUGUUUUUCCAGUAGAAUUUAUUUCGUUUUUUCUUCCGUUUGUGGUGAUAAUUUGGCAUCCAACGAAGUUGGUGAUUUUCAGAAAAGUUUCAGCUCAGGAAGCUUCUGUCGACAUUGUUUCAUCAUUUAUGAACAAAAACAUAUUCCAUUAACUGAUAUAUCAUUCGUACCUCGCACUCGUUUAAAGCACGAUAUGAUUCUUAAUCAAGUUGUACUCAACAAUGGUCGUCAAAUUAUUCAAGGUAUUAAAGGUCAUAAUCGUGUAAAAUUUGUUGAUCAACGUACAAAAUUAAUCUUAAACUUUAAUGAACAACGAGCAGAUAAACAUGCAGCUACUGUUGAUGUAUCUAAUUCAACAUCACCAUUGGUUCAACCUUAUGAUGAAUUAGAAAAGAAUGAUAUACCAAAUUCGUUUGAUGCAAAUGAAAAUAUAGAAACUAAUAGUCGUGCUUCAACAACAGAUCCUGAUUCUUCAUCAAAUUUUCCUCUUAAUCAUGAUGCAGAUAUUCAUAGUAAAGCUAUAUUACCAGAUGAUUAUGAAGGACCAAAUUUGACUAUCAGAAUGGAAGAGUAUAUUGAACAGAAUCAUAUCUCAAAGUUUAAUCCACACACAAAGAUGCGACGUGAAUUAUUAUCAUCAAUUUUUGAUGAUGUAACAAAAUCUCAUCAACUACUGUAA